UCGACGUUUUCAGGAACAGAUUGAAAAAGGCAUCGCUUUCGCGUUAUCUGUUCGACGCCAGUGGGAGAACACUCCGUUAGAGGAAAGAGUGAAGUACUUUCUGAAGGCUGCAGAUCUCGCGGCAACGAAGUACCGGGCGGACUUGAACGCCGCGACUAUGCUCGGCCAGGGUAAAACGGUGGUACAAGCUGAGAUCGAUGCUGCUUGCGAAAUGAUCGACUUCUGGCGGUUCAACUGUUACUACGCCCUUCAGCUAGCGCAGUGUCAGCCGAUGUCGACGAAUACGUCCUCGAACCGUAUGAUCCUCCGAGGACUGGAGGGAUUCGUCGCUGCUAUUUCGCCGUUUAAUUUCACGUCGAUCGGCGGGAAUCUGGCCACCGCCCCUGCGAUUAUGGGUAACGUCGUCAUCUGGAAGCCUGCGCGAACAGCACUGCUCAGCAACUACCUGUCGUUCAAAAUCUUGAAGGAGGCUGGUCUGCCGGAUGGCGUAAUCAGCUUCGUACCCACCGAUGGCGCGACGUUCGGCGAUUCCGUUGUGAACAACCAGCAUUUAGCCGGCAUCAACUUUACUGGAAGUCUGCCGGUCUUCAAGCAGCUCUGGACGCAGGUCAGCAACAACCUCGACAGAUACGUCAACUUUCCUCGUCUUUGUGGUGAAUGUGGUGGAAAGAAUUUCCAUUUCGUGCACGUAAGCGCCGACAUUCCGACGGUUGUCAGCUGUACGGUUAGGUCGGCAUUCGAGUACCAGGGACAGAAAUGCUCAGCGUGCUCGCGUAUGUACGUGCCGAGUUCGCUGUGGCCUAGGAUCAAGACGGACAUUAUCAACGUGUUGAAGGAGGUCAAGUGCAGCGACCCUCGUGACUACGAGUCGUUUAUGACAGCAGUGAUCGACAAAAAUGCCUUCAACAGCAUUAAGUCGUACAUCGACGAUGCCCGUUCAAAUCCUAACCUGAGCAUCGUUUUCGGCGGCAAGUGCGACAGUUCAAAGGGCUACUUCAUCGAGCCGACCGUUGUUCAGUGCAGCAAUCCUAACGAAAAGAUUUUCAAGGAGGCAAGCUUUGUUUCCCUACCUCCGUUGUCGGGGGAGAUUUUUGGGCCUGUGCUUUCCGUUUAUCCGUACGACGACGAAGCGCUCUACGACGUUCUAAGUUCCGUCAAGGAACACACACCUUUUGGACUAACUGGAUCCAUCUUCGCUACCGACAACGCUUUCAUUGACACGGCUUUGUACGAACUUCGAGAGGCAGCUGGCAACUUGUACGUCAACGAUAAAAGUACGGGUGCCGUUGUAGGUCAACAGCCUUUUGGCGGUGCGAGAAUGUCUGGCACGAAUGACAAGGCGGGCGGUCUUCAUUACUUGUUAAAGUGGGCAUCCCCUCUGGUUGUGAAGUCCACCAGUGUUCCACUGCACGAAUGGCGAUAUCCUUGCAUGGAAUAA